CCUUUUGAGAUUGUUGAUGCUUGUAUUUGUCUUGCUGUGCAGGGCCAUGUGUCAGUGACUCCUUGGGGACUGAACUUCAGGAGCCCUUUUACUCUCUCACGUGAUUAUCAGGAGCUUCAGGCUUUUUCUAAGCCAAAAUAAACACCGGUGUUUCAAGCUGCAGAAGUUUUGGUGCAUACCACGUUAUCGUAAUCAAGAAUAAUCCAGAACCACAGCAUCAAGUGUAUCUCGUUUCGCAUUACAGAGUCCUCGAACUUUCGACCAUCCUGCCUUCUCCAAGGUGAUGACUCCUGUCUCCUGAGACGUUGGAAAACCUAGUUUGGAAGAAGAGUAAAGAUACAGUUGAUGCUGAACUACAGCCAAGGAUGAAGCGGCGAGCAUCAGACAGAGGAGCUGGGGAAACAUCCACUAAGGCAAAAGCUCUUUGUACAGGGAUUUCUGGAAAUAAUGCCAAGAGAGCAGGCCCUUUUAUACUAGGUCCACGUUUAGGUAACUCCCCUGUGCCAAGUAUUGUUCAGUGUUUGGCAAGAAAGGAUGGGACAGAUGACUUUUAUCAGCUAAAGAUUCUCACCUUAGAAGAAAGGGGUGAUAAAGGAAUAGAAACCCAGGAGGAACGACAGGGCAAGAUGCUAUUGCACACAGAGUAUUCUCUCCUUUCCCUGCUCCACAACCAGGAAGGAGUGGUUCAUCAUCAUGGGCUCUUUCAGGACCGAGCUUGUGAAAUUAUAGAAGAUCUAGAAGCCAACAGAAUGGUCAGAAAAAUGAAGAAGCGCAUUUGUCUUGUGUUAGACUGUCUCUGUGCUCAUGAUUUCAGUGACAAAACAGCAGAUCUGAUCAAUCUGCAGCAUUAUGUCAUUAAAGAGAAGAGACUAAGUGAGCGGGAGACGGUAGUGAUAUUUUAUGAUGUGGUACGAGUGGUAGAAGCAUUACAUAAGAAAAAUAUUGUGCACAGAGACUUGAAACUAGGAAACAUGGUGCUAAACAAAAGGACUCAUCGAAUAACCAUAACAAACUUCUGUCUUGGAAAGCACCUGGUGAGUGAAGAUGACCUGCUGAAAGACCAGCGAGGGAGCCCUGCCUACAUCAGCCCAGAUGUGCUCAGCGGGCGGCCGUACCGUGGAAAACCCAGUGACAUGUGGGCGUUGGGUGUGGUGCUCUUCACCAUGCUCUAUGGCCAGUUCCCCUUCUACGACAGCAUACCUCAGGAGCUCUUCCGCAAAAUCAAGGCUGCCGAGUACACCAUCCCUGAGGAUGGACGGGUCUCGGAAAACACUGUGUGCUUGAUCCGAAAACUGCUGGUCUUGGAUCCGCAGCAGCGUCUGACGGCUUCUGAAGUGCUGGAUUCUCUCAGCUCCAUCAUAGCAUCAUGGCAGUCCAUGUCCUCGCUGAGCGGCCCUUUGCAAGUGGUGCCGGACAUCGACGACCAAGUGGCUAACCCUGAAAACCCGCAGGAGGUGAAGGUGACGGAGGAGUGCUCGCAGUACGAGUUCGAGAACUACAUGAGGCAGCAGCUGCUCUUGGCUGAGGAGAAGAACACCUUGCAUGAGGCCAAGAGCUUCCUCCAGAAGCGGCAGUUUGGGAACAUCCCCCCAGUGCGACGCCUGGGCCACGACGCCCAGCCCAUGAACCCUUUGGACGCAGCUAUCCUGGCCCAGAGGUACCUUCGGAAGUAGCUUCCCACGCACCCGAGAGCACAAGCACCAUCCUGCAGUCUGCCUUUCACGUCGCCUACUACAGCUCAACAGCAAUACCCGUGUCCCGUGAUGGAGAAUAAUGUAGCAAUUCUUCUGAGCUCUGUUCAGGGACACGCACUCACACUUGCUCUGGAGGGAGAAGACUUUUGAAAAAGCUAGUUUUGGAAGCAGCAACCUCUUGGCAUCUUCUGGAAUCUGUUUUUUAAAUCGAAGCCUAGAUGACUAAUCUGCUUUUAAUCAUGACUGUAAUCUACCUCUCUUGUCUUUUUAACCAUGCUGUUCUCUGGAUCGAGCGAAGCCUGUGGGGAAGGAGAAGACUACCAAGGGUGAAGCUGGUUUGCUGGCACAAGUCGCGGCUGUGCAGUACGGAGAGUCGGCUGAUUGCAUUCGCUCCAUAUGGUUUGAAUAAGCUUAGAUUUAUCGGGGUUUCUUGAAAGGAAGAAUUUCUUGAAACCUCCCACUUCCCUUCGUCCGCAUCAAAUCUCUUUCUGUCCUUACCAUGCCACCCGGUCUGCCGGUGGUGUCUAACCCUCGGUGGCCGGGUGUGGGCUGCAGCACACCGAGGCCCCCGAGCGGCAGGAGCAGCCGCCGGUUCCCCGGUGCGAGCGGGGGCUGCCCGGGGGGCCCGGCCACCACCUCGCCUCACAGUUGUCCUUGCAGGCGAUCGCUGCAGAGAUCGGAUCCUGUCUGUGGUUCAAAGGUUCUGCAGGACUUGGCCCGCUGUGGCCUCUGACAUCUUUCCCACCUUUCACCGAUUCUUUUAGUUUCAUAAGGAUAUAUGAUUUAAUCUUAUUUUUCAGUAGCUUCUCUAAGGUGCAGUUAAAAUUGCAUUAAUUCUGAUUUAGCAUUUUCACACUUCAGUUGUGGUACAGAUAUAAUAUAUGAGUUACAAUGUGAAAAAGCUUCCCAAAAUAAUCUGCCUAGAAUUAG